CUGGAGCUGAAUGUCAACAUUAAAGAUGAAGAAGAAGAGGAGGAGAAGACUAGGACAACUGUUAGUCAUGGACCUGAGCCCUAGGACCAUGCCCCAGGACUACCUGACAUGAUGACUCCUUGCUGUCCCCAGUCCACCUGGCCGUGCUGCUGCUCCAGUUUCAACUGAACCGCGGCCCUAGGACCAUGCCCCAGGACUACUUGACAUGAUGACUCCUUGCUGUCCCCAGUCCACCUGGCCGUGCUGCUGCUCCAGUUUCAACUGUUCUGCCUUAUUAUUAUUCGACCAUGCUGGUCAUUUAUGAACAUUUGAACAUCUUGGCCAUGUUCUGUUAUAAUCUCUACCCGGCACAGCCAGAAGAGGACUGGCCACCCCACAUAGCCUGGUUCCUCUCUAGGUUUCUUCCUAGGUUUUGGCUUUUCUAGGGAGUUUUUCCUAGCCACCGUGCUUCUACACCUGCAUUGCUUGCUGUUUGGGGUUUUAGGCUGGGUUUCUGUACAGCACUUUGAGAUAUCAGCUGAUGUACGAAGGGCUAUAUAAAUAAAUUUGAUUUGAUUUGAUUAAUUGGUACAAUGGAGUUAAACACAGUGACUUCUCCCAGCAGUAGCAUAAUAUGGGUGACACCAGAUUUCGAAGGCAAACCCCUCAAAAUGGAGCUGGACACAGGAUCUGCAAUGUCUAUAAUUUCCUCUACUGUCUACAAUUAGCACUUUAAGGCUAUCAAGCUGAAGAACACACAUGUGUUGCUGAAGACAUACUCAGGAGAGAGAUUGAGCCCAAUGGGGGCGUUGCAGGUCAGAGUGCAUUAUGGGGGGCAAACACAGCAGUUACAGCUGUAUGUGGUGCCUGGAACUGGCCCCCCAUUAUUUGGCAAGGAAUGGCUUUCAAAAAUAAAGCUGAACUGCUGUGACUUGAAAAUGCUCCACACGUUCCAGUCCAAAGAGAAUGGUACAGACCAAACACUGGAACACUUGCGGAAGAAAUACAACACAGUUUUCAGUGAUCAGAUGGGAACAGUAAAAGGCUUCACAGCAAAACUUGUACUAAGAGAUGAUGCAACCCCCAAAUUCUGCAAAGCCAGAUCUGUUCCAUACUCCCUGAGACCAAAGGUGGAAGUGGAAAUUGAUCGCUUGCAGGAUACAGGGAUCCUGACGAAAGUGGACAGAAGCGAAUGGGCCACACCCAUAGUUCCUAUUGUGAAGAAAGACAGGUCUGUUAGAAUGUGUGGGGACUUCAAGGUAACUGUGAAUUCAAUGCUGCAUGUGGACCAAUACCCCCUACCACGCCUGGAUGACAUCUUUGCUGCACUAGCUGGUGGGAAACACUUCAGUAAAAUCGAUCUGAAACAGGCUUACCUGCAGCUACCGGUUGAAGAGAGUUCCAAACAGUACCUGACAAUAAACACACACAAAGGUCUAUACAGGUAUAACCGCCUGGUUUUUGGCAUUGCAUCAGCCCCAGCUAUUUGGCAACAAACUAUUGACCAGAUUUUGCAAGGAAUCCCAGGAAUCUAGUGUAUCCUGGAUGACAUGAUCAUAACAGGACGCACCGACAAAGAGCACCUGGCUAACCUGGAAGAGGUCCUGAAAAGACUGAAAGAGUUUGGUCUACAGGCAAACUUAAAGACGUGUGAGUUCUUCAAAGACAAGAUUGUCUUCUGUGGACAUGAGAUUGACUGCAAUGGAUUGCACAAAACACAGGACAAAAUCGAAGCAGUGGUACAGGCACCACGACCACAAAAUAUCACAGAAGUGAGAUCUUUCACGGGACUGAUCAAUUACUACAGAAGAUUCCUCCCAAACCUUUCAGCAGUACUCCAGCCUCUAAAUCAGCUCCUGGAAAAGAAUAGGACAUGGCGGUGGACAGAGCAGUGUGAAAAUGCAUUUUUGGAGGCAAAACGGCUCAUAACAUCUGAACAGGUCCUGAUGCAUUACGACGCUGAAAUGCCAGUGAAGUGGGCUUGUGAUGCGUCCCCUUAUGGCUUAGGUGCCGUCCUUUCACACACACUGAAAGAUGGGUCAGAGAGGCCAGUUGCAUUCGCGUCGCGAACAUUGAAUGAUGCAGAGAAAAACUACUCACAAAUGGACAAAGAAGCACUGGCACCAGUGUGGGGCGGCAAGAAAUUGAACCCAUACCUAUAUGGCAAGUGUUUCACACUGGUUACAGAUCACCAGCCGUUGCUUUCCAUUUUAAGUCCAAAGAAAGGCAUUCCGGCAAUGACAGCAGCCAGGUUACAGCGAUAUGCCCUGUUCCUUGCCAGUCAAUGACAGCAGCCAGGUUACAGCGAUAUGCCCUGUUCCUUGCCAGUCAAUGACAGCAGCCAGGUUACAGCGAUAUGCCCUGUUUCUUGCCAGUCAUAUGUAUAACAUUGAGUUUAAGCCGUCAUCCCUCCACACAAAUGCAGAUGGAUUAUCCAGACUGCCGUGUACAAGAGAAAGACAAAGGAGGGUGGAUGCAGUGGACAUGUUCCAUACCGCUCAGCUCGAGGCACUACCAGUCACAAGCACAGUUAUCAAACAGGAGACAAGGAAAAAUGUGACCUUGUCAAAAGUGUACACCUACACCAUGUCAGGAUGGCCAGCUACUGGCAGAAAGGAGCUGACUCCGUAUUUCCAGCGGAGAAACGAAAUUACAACGUACCGAGGAUGUUUGAUGUGGGGAAUGAGAGUCAUGAUACCCCAGAAAUGCCAACAUCUAGUUUUGCAGCAAUUACAUGAAGGUCAUGUUGGAAUUGUCAAAAUGAAGCUGCUCGCAAGGAGCCACUUCUGGUGGCCAGGUCUGGAUCAACAGAUAGAAAACAUGGCAAAGAACUGUAGCGGAUGUUUGGAAACCCUUCACAUGCCUGCUCCUGUCCCAGUCCACCCAUGGGAAUGGCCCACAGAGUCAUGGCAGAGAGUUCAUGUGGACUACGCUGGUCCCUUUGAAAAGCACAUGUUUCUGGUUAUAGUGGAUGCCCAUUCCAAAUGGCCAGAGGUGUUUUGCACUGACUCCUCCACCUCAGCUCAGACGAUAGAGUGUCUCAGAACAACGUUUGCACGCUUCGCUUUGCCACUGCAGCUGGUAAGUGACAACGCGCAAGCUUUUGUAAGUAACGAGUUUACAAGAUUCAUGUCAGUAAAUGGAAUCAAACACUCAACCUCAGCUCCGUACCACCCUGCCACCAAUAGGCUGGCAGAACCCUUUGUGCAAACCCUAAAGCAAGGACUCCGUGCAGCAAAACGAGACGAAGGGACUUUGCAAACAAAACUGGCCAAGUUCCUGGCCUCCUACCGAAACACCCCACAUGCCACGACAAAUGAAAGCCCAGCCGCACUGAUGUUUGGGAGGCCUCUCCGCACACAGCUGGACAUCAUGAAGCCAAACAGGCGUAAUGAAGUGCUGAACAAACAAGCCAAGAUGCUCUCCGGUGGCCGGGAGCGUCAUCUCCAAACAGGACAGGAAGUGAUGGUGCGAGACUACAGAAGAGGAGGGAAAUGGACAAGAGGGGCCGUACACACACAAACGGGACCCAGAACUUACCAGGUUCAAGUGAGCCCAGACAUAAUGUGGCGGCGUCACAUUAACCAAAUGCAUUCCACGGAAAACAGCACAACAAUCGAGAGAGAACAGGCACAGAGAGAUCCUGAGAGUGACACACGGGGAACUGUAGAGGACGGUGGGGCAGUAAAGAGACCCCAGGCUGAAAGAAGGGAACGUGUUGAUGAAGGUGCUGCUAUAGCAGAAGCUAUAAUGGAACAAGCACACACUGAGGAUGUUCAGGAGCCUCCAGACAAUCUGAGGCACUACCCAGAACGAAGGCACCGUCCACCAGACAGACACUGAGGAUGUUCAGGAGCCUCCAGACAAUCUGAGGCACUACCCAGAACGAAGGCACUGUUCACCAGACAGACACCGAGGAUGUUCAGGAGCCUCCAGACAAUCCGAGGCACUACCCAGAACGAAGGCACCGUCCACCAGAUAGACACUGAGGAUGUUCAGGAGCCUCCAGACAAUUUGAGGCACUACCCAGAACGAAGGCACCGUCCACCAGAUAGACACUGAGGAUGUUCAGGAGCCUCCAGACAAUUUGAGGCACUACCCAGAACGAAGGCACCGUCCACCAGAUAGACACUGAGGAUGUUCAGGAGCCUCCAGACAAUCUGAGGCACUACCCAGAACGAAGGCACUGUUCACCAGAUAGACACUGAGGAUGUUCAGGAGCCUCCAGACAAUCUGAGGCACUACCCAGAACGAAGGCACCGUCCACCAGACAGACUAGACUUAUAAACAAACAAAUAAAAACGAACUGUUCAAGAUCAAAUUAAAAGAUGCAAAAUAACUACAACAGGUUCUGGGAAAUGUUUCAGUUGUGGUUUGGUAUAAGUAACUCUGAUUGUAUAAGAGAAGGAAUGUUAUGUUCUGUUAAUUACUGAUGUCCCCUUUAAGGCGGGAGCACCCUUGUCAUGCGCAGUGUUGUUCUAUGUUACUCUGGUACUAACUCGUUUGAGUAAAUGUGAAGCUCCAGUUCAA